AUGACUAGAACCUCUGUUUUGGCUGACGCCCUUAACGCUAUCAACAACGCCGAGAAGACCGGUAAGAGACAGGUCCUGAUUAGACCUUCAUCUAAGGUGAUCAUCAAGUUCCUUACUGUGAUGCAAAGACAUGGUUACAUUGGAGAAUUCGAAUACAUCGAUGACCACAGAUCCGGAAAGAUUGUCGUCCAAUUGAACGGAAGACUCAACAAGUGUGGUGUCAUCUCUCCAAGAUUCAACGUCAAGAUUAAGGACAUUGAGAGAUGGACUGACAACCUGUUGCCAGCCAGACAGUUCGGUUACGUCAUUUUGACCACUUCUGCUGGUAUCAUGGACCAUGAGGAAGCCAAGAGAAAGCACGUUUCUGGUAAGAUUCUUGGUUUCGUUUACUAG